CUUGGCCCCGUAGUGGUGGUGGGCGAUGGCCAUAUCCUGAUUAUAUUGCGGGCAUUCCUUACAGGCCGAGCGUCGUGGAUUCCGCCCGCCAUCAUAUUCUCAAGCCUCCCCCUUGCAGUCGCUCCUUGAUUGAUCGCCAUGAGACUAGAAGUCCGUGGCCUUUGCUUUAGAUUCUCCUUUUCUUGCAUCUGUUUCACUCUUGCUUUUCUCGCUUCCAUCGUGCACAUCCAACGCGAAAAAAAGAUUGGACCUGUUCUACGCUAACGAACCCGAGGAGAUUUGGGUUAGAUGUUUGUCUCAAAUAGAGAACAGACAUCAACAGGAUGGCGUGGGACUUGUGUGGCUUGCGGCCAAAUCAAGGGCAGCAAAAACCGCCGAGGUUUCUCAAGUGGAGGACCUCCGAUGCGUUUGUUAGCUUCGUGGUUUGCUUUGCCGUCUUCACGGAUGUUCUUAUGUAUGGGUUGAUUGUUCCGGUGGCGCCAACAGCUCUACGUGACCGAGUUGGGAUGUCGGACGCUGAUGUACAAUCAUGGCAAUCGACCUUGCUAGCUCUUUACGGAGUAACUCAGCUAACCGUUUCGCCCAUUUCUGGGUAUUUGGCCGAUAAGUUUCAGUCGCGCUGGUGGCCGUUCGUGGGAGGCCUGGUGCUUCUCGCUGCCGCUACGGGGCUCCUCUGCUUCGGGACAAACCUCGCGUUGUGGAUUGUCGGGCGUCUCUUUCAAGGAGCGUCUGCAGCAGUUGUGUGGACUGUUGGUACUGCGCUUCUGGUGGACACCGUCGGCAAAGAAGGCCUUGGCCAAUCGCUGGGAUAUCUUGGAAUGGCAAUGACCAUAGGGACGGUGACCGGACCGCUGCUGGGAGGGGUACUCUAUGGCAAUGGGGGAUACUAUGCUGUCUUCGGUCUGGCAUUUGGCAUAAUUGCGCUGGAUGUCAUCCUUCGACUGGUCAUGAUCGAGAGGAAACAUGCACUCAAAUGGCUUCAGGCGGACGGCGUACAGAUUGUUCCCCCAGAGAACCAAGGAAGUGACACCGGUUUGGAGAAUGGCGCUUCCCCAGCGACCUCUGAUGGCUCGAGAGAUGCCCAAAAGGGUUGCCAUGAAACCGAACGCGAGUCCUCCACCUCAACCGAUGAUGAAACCAGCAAGAAGCGGCCGAGCACCAUGUAUACGCUUCUAGCCUCAGGCCGCAUGAUGACGUCCAUGUGGGCUUACUUCAUCAUCUCCCUUGUUCUGACUUCCUUUGACAGCGUGCUGCCUCUGUUUGUCGAGCAGACUUUCGGCUGGGGCCAGAGCGGCCAAGGGCUCAUCUUCAUUGCCAUCUCUGUACCCCAAAUCUUCGACCCAGGAGUAGGUUAUAUUAUCGACCAUUGGGGCCAAAGUCGACGGUACAUGGCAGCAGGCGGGUUCUUUGCCGCUAUACCGAGUCUCGCAUGUCUCCGAUUCGUGACUGACGACACGAUGGAAGAUAAGGUGCUCAUGUGUGCGCUGCUUCUGUUGGUUGGAACUUGUGUAUGCCUGAUUAUGUCUCCUGUCAUGGUGGAAGCGACGUACUAUGUGCAAGACAAGGAGGCCGAGACGCCCGGGAUCUUUGGAGAAGGAGGGGCGAUUGCUUUCGCGUAUGGAGUCAUCAAUAUGGCGUACGCUGUGGGCACGAUCAUUGGGCCAUUUUUCGCGGGCUUUAUCAAGAGUGAUGCGGGGUGGAGUACAAUGACCUGGGCGCUCGCUUUGAUGGCGGGGGUGUCUGGGAUUCCUACGUUCCUUUUCCUGCGUGAAUCUGCGAAGAAUGAGGCCUCUUCCACUGUCGAGAAGACUUCGUCAAGAGAGUAAUGACUGGGGGGUGGGAGUUCAAAUGGUGGCGUUCACGGAGUUGCUUUUGUACUGGAGUAUGACUAUAAACGAAUUAGCUCUACAGACGGCUGGG